AUGAUCCGGCAUCCGCUAAACUCGGCAGUCAGCCGCACCAGGCCAGACCUAAACCGAGUCACCGACGGCAUCGCCGCUUCCCUACGGCAAUUCUCCGUGUCCGCGCGCCGGAGCGCCGAAGACAACGAUGACGAUGACUCGCGGAGACCUUCCAGUCGCCAGCGUUCCAUCGCUGCUGUGAACGAGCUUAUUGCGACGGUGGAUAGCGGCAUUAGCGCAUCGAGGCCAACCCAGAACACAGCAGCGAAUGCUCCGCCUCCCGCCCGAAGCCAGGGCCCUAAUAUUAUCACUCUGAAGAACAUACCCCGCGGCGGCUUCAGCGGCAUAACGAGGACUACGCCCGGCGGUCCGAAUAUCAUCAGAACCGAUAGCUUGCCGUCUCGCGGCGGCUUUAACAGCACGGGAAGGACUGGCCCACCUACCGGCAUGCCGCCUCGAUUCGGUGCAAAUGGUGGUCCGAAUAUCAUCCGAGGCGGUUUCCGCGGUCGCGGGGGAGGCGGCAACUCUCCGUCCGGCGGCGGAUCUCCACGAUUUGGGCCUUCACGACGGGGAGGGCCGGGCGGUGGCGGCGGCGGCGGUGGCGGUGGUGGAAACCGACGGCCAGACGACCGACCACGGCGAGGACGCGGAUCCCGUCGACGAAACGACGACGACGAGAAAGGCGGCAGACAGCGCGAAGGAGAGCAACAGGAGGGAGAAGACAGCGAGAUAGACAACCCCGCCAUCAGAGCAUACCUCGAGGGCAAAGAAACCGGCAGGACCGUCGCCUUCAACCCCAGCCUCUCGCUAGCCUCGCUCGCGGGCUGGGGCCCCGCCGUAGCCACGUCCGCGACGCCCUUCGGCCAGGGCGAGACGGUCCUCCGACAAGCGCGCAUUCUGGGCGGCGGCCAGGCGUUCCACCCGCAGCACCUGGAGACGCCGCUGUCGCUGCACCUGGCGUGGCGGGACGGCAACGGCGCGUUCGUGCCGCCGUCGGACGAGGCGCGGCUGUGGAGGAAACAGGGCCUUAAGGACAGGCCGUUCGAGGCCCCGGCCGAGGUCAAGACGGCGGUGCUGGAGGAUGCGCUGCUGGGGAGGUAUGGCGAGGGGCCCAAGUACGCGGAUCCCGAGGAUACGAUUGGGACUCUGCGCAGCUACGUCCGGAGAGACGGCACGUGGAAUGCGCAUGCGGAGAGGGGUAUUGAGGCCAAGGUUCGGAGUCUGCUGGGCCAGUCUGGUCAGCCAGCUGCUAAGGCCGGUAGUGGUGCUGCUGCGAAGAAGCCAGAGGCUAAGGCUUGA